AUGCAACGCGUUGUGGGCCACAGGGCCGCCCUACCCCGUUGUCAUAUCAAGAAACGUUCUUUCACCACUUCCCGCACUCUUUUAGAUCACUCAAAGGCGAAGCAGGAUAAUAAAGCUUUCUCGAAGACUUUACUUUUACCCAAGACCUCCUUCCCGCUAUGGCCCAACGUAGCGCAGACGGAGCAAUCUUUGAAGGACAAGACUUGUGGUAGCCUAUAUCUCUGGCAGCGCGAAAACGCACAGGGGCCUUCGUUCGUCCUGCACGAUGGGCCGCCGUAUGCAAACGGGCAUCUGCACAUGGGUCAUGCGCUCAAUAAGGUUCUCAAGGAUAUUAUCAAUCGGUAUCACCUCUCACUAGGCCACAAAGUCCAUUAUGUCCCAGGAUGGGAUUGUCACGGGCUUCCCAUAGAGAAUAAGACGCUUCAUGAUCUCGGAAAAGAUUCGCAGAGCCUGCCGCCGACUACCAUCCGCGAUGCUGCAAGGAAGACAGCCGAGGCAGAAAUUGAGAGGCAGAAAGGAGAAUUUCAGGCUCUAGGUAUAAUGGCUGAUUGGAGCACCGAGAACACGUAUCGUACUCUGGACCAUGACUACGAAAUUCGGCAAUUACGAGUGUUUCAGAAGAUGGUUGAAAAAGGCUUGAUUUACCGGCACUAUCGACCCGUGCACUACUCUCCGUCCUCUCGCUCUGCCCUCGCAGAGGCGGAGUUAGAAUACCAAGACGACCACGUCUCUCACUCCGUAUAUGUUGCCUUCAAGGUUGACAUUCAGGCUCCGGGUCUGAACACCACUCUCCGAAACUUGCUCGCUAGCCAGGGUCUGGAAGAUGUGCGGUUAUUGGUGUGGACCACUACGCCUUGGACGUUGACCGCCAACAUGGGAAUAGCUGUUCAUCCAGAGAUGAAGUAUCUCGUGGUUAGGCAAAACGAUUCGAGCGGCCUACUUGUCCUUGCCGCUGAGCGCCUGUCUGCUCUGCACGAUGUCAUUGGAGACGUCGACGUCCUAGCAGAAGUCAAAGGUUCAGAGCUGGUCGACACCCGCUACCAUCCUAUCUUCGACUCUCUACGCUCAAAACCAUCGUCCGUGUCGGAGGAAAACUCCAAGGGAACAUUAAGAAUCCUCCCCUCGGGCCAUGUAACACCCGACUCUGGUACCGGGCUCGUUCAUUGUGCGCCCGCUCACGGCGCAGAAGACUACUCCCUCUUCCACUCCCUCGGUCUCCUCUCCGCAUCAUCUCCCGCCUCGACCAUGGUAUGCCAUGUCGGCCCGUUGGGUACCUAUACGUCUGCUGUUAAGGACGUUGUGGGUGAGGUAGCGGGACAGAGGUUGGUGGGCAAGGCGGUAUUGAGUGACGGUGGAAAGGAGAUCGUGCAGGUAUUGGAGGAGAUGGGAGAGCGUGGGAAUGGGAAGGUGUUGGUGAAGAGACAGAGAAUCAAACAUCGAUACCCGUAUGAUUGGAAGACUAAGGAACCUAUCAUCGUCACCGCCACCUCUCAAUGGUUCGCCAAUUUGGACACCAUCAAAGAGGAUGCACUCCAGGCACUGCGACAAGUCAACUUCUUCCCCUCCGUCUCGCGCAACCGCCUCGAUUCCUUCAUCGACUCUCGUUCCGAAUGGUGUAUCUCUCGUCAACGCGUCUGGGGCGUCCCCAUCCCCUCCCUCCAUCACGUCCCAAUACUCGACUCCCCACAAUCUCUCCACUCCGCAAAUCAUGAAGGAACGGCUCACCUAACUCCCGCCACCCUCUCACACAUCCUGAAUAUUUUGGAUAAGAAGGGCGUAGCAUACUGGUGGGAGGGCCCCGCGGAGGAGUUCGUGCCUCCGGAAUUGAAGGCUGAGAUGGAAGUGAAAUCGAAAUCAGAAUCAGAAGAGGGAGUGAAGUGGGAAUGGAAGAAGGGUAUGGACACGAUGGAUGUCUGGUUUGAUAGUGGGAGCUCGUGGAGUAUGUUGGAGGAGAGGGAUAUAGAAGGGAGGCCGAGGGCAGACGUAUGCUUGGAGGGAUCGGAUCAGCACAGGGGAUGGUUCCAGAGCUUGCUGUUGACGUCUCUGGGGGCGGACGAGCAGGCUGGGAGUGCAUCGACGAAGGCUGGCGAGGGGAAGGCGGCGGUAAGGGAUGUGAAGGCGCCGUAUGGGACAUUGAUCACGCAUGGGAUGGUGUUGGAUCAGAAAGGCAAGAAGAUGAGCAAGUCUUUGGGGAAUAUUAUCAGCCCCAUGACGGUCAUCUAUGGUGGAAAGGAUAAGAAGAGAGAACCGGCCUACGGCGCGGACGUCCUCCGAUUGUGGUCGGCCACUGUCGAAUAUUGGCGUGAUAUGCCCCUCGGUCAAACCAUUCUCAGCCAGAGUGCCGAGUCACUCAGGAAGAUCCGUAAUUCCGCAAGAUUUGCGUUGGGGAAUAUCGGGAACAGAGAGGCCAGAGAGCGACAUGUAGCGGUAGAUGUAAAGGAUAUGGGUCUAGCCGAGAAAUAUGUCAUGCAUGAGCUGUAUAAACUAGAGAGGACGGCGCUGGAUGGCUACGCAACGUACAAUUUUGCCAAAGUCGUCAAUAGCUUGUCGAACUUCGCCAACAUCACACUGUCUGCGCUCUACUUUGACAUCACCAAGGACUGCCUGUAUGCCGACAGUACGGAGAGUCUCGAGCGGAGGAGGAUCGUUACUGUUCUUCAGCAUAUCCUAAAUACAACGACGCAUGUCAUGGCACCUAUCAUUCCUCAUCUCGCAGAAGAGAUCCAUCACGCGUAUGAGAAUGAAGGGCAAGAUCUUUCCGCCGGAUCAUCUGUAUUCAUGAAGAAAUGGGAACCUCUGUCGCCGGAGUGGGAGAAUCAGACUGUGGAGCAAGAAAUGACCGAGCUAUUACGGGUCCGCGGCGCUGUGUUGGCACUGCUUGAAAAAGCUCGCGGCGACAAAAUAUUAAAGUCCUCGUUAGAGGCCGAGGUGGACCUUAUCCUACCUGAGGACACAGCAAAUUCUUCCCUGGUCGAUUUGCUACAGCGCGAAGAGUCCUUCUUGAAGACUCUUUUCAUAACUUCCGACGCCUCUAUCGUCGAUGAAGGCUCACUAGGUGUAUCUUCACCAAAAUGGGUCUAUAUGGACUCCAUAUCACUACCGGGCUCGUCCGAGGAGCUAGGUAUUCGCGUGCGACCUGCGUCUGGGGAGAAGUGUCCUAGAUGUUGGACAUUCACCCGCCCGGAAAAGGAAGAGCUGUGCUCAAGAUGCGAGGGUGCUGUUCGGCAUAGAUCAUAGUCCAUGAGGGGACGUAGAAGACGUGGUAAUUUAUGAUAUAUAUACUGUUGACUAAUAGGAAUCGCA